ACACCAAGGAGGUUACCCGAACCAAAGAGCCCACCAGAACAGUAGUGGAAAGUAUGCCAUAUCACUGCAAUUUUGCUCUUUCUGAUGGCAGCGAUAUGGCAUCAUGUGUUUUAGUUACCCCGGUGAGAUUCGAAGGCAGUUAUAUGGCAUCAUUUGUUUUCGUUACCCCAGUGAGAUACGACGGCAGCAAUAGGGCAUCAUGUGUUUUCGUUACCCCAGUGAGAUUAAAUGGCAGUGAUAUGGCAUCAUGUGUUUUAGUUACCCCAGAACGAUUGGAUGGCAGCGAUAUGGCAUCAUGUGUUUUCGUUACCCCAGAACGAUUGGAUGGCAGCGAUAUGGCAUCACGUGUUUUCGUUACCCCUAGCGAAUUCGUUGAUGGAAUGAGUUUCGGCAUGAUCGGGGUGGUAGUGAGAACGUAUGUGUCAGAAAUAGCAGACCCAGGUAUCCGAGGGUCGGCAAUGAUUGUGGCUAAUCUUUUCAUUAUAAUUGGAAGUAUCCUUGUCCUCACCCUGGGCCUCUUGAUGACCUGGUACUACGUAAUGUUCAUCUCGGUUAUCAUUACACUGAUUCAUUCUUUCUUAAUACUGACGGUGCUCCCAGAGAGUCCAACGUUCCUGGCUGUGAAUGGCAGAGAUGCUGAAGCCCUCGUCAUCCUCCAUAGUCUCAGGGGAGCCUAUGCAGAUAUAAAUGAAGAGGUGAGGAUUCUUAAGAGCAUGAACCAGCGAGAGGAUGGCCGAGUGGGUUGGGGAGCUGUUAUUAAACCAGAUAUCGUAAAGAAAAUCAUUACACUGUCUGCUCUCUUUCUGGUAUCAAACUUCAGUGGCGUGCAAGUCCUCAAAGCCAACACGGCUCGGAUGCUUGGAGAUUCUGGUAUGGCUCUUGGCAAGAUCGUAAGCACCAUAUUGGUUAACGUGGUCUUUUUCGCCGGCAUUAUCUUCAUGAUGUUCCUGCUGGAUCGCUUGGGUCGUAAGCGCUGCUUGAUCCUCUCACUAACAUUACUUAUGGUCGCCUACAUUUCCUUUGGCACGCAUGUGUUCAUCUCCGACUCCCAGACGUCGAGUACUAUAGUUGAAGUCAAUAUGGAUGAAUCCGAAGAUAGUGAUUUUUUAUCAUACCAAAGUGAUGUAAGUCCCAGAGGGUGGAGGUGGGUGCCGCUUGUGUGUCUGAUGGUGGCAGCCUUUGGUCAGAGUAUCGGCGCUGGACCAUUGCCUUGGAUUAUCUCUUCAGAAUACUUCCCGACUAUAAUCAGAUCCGAGGCGGUGAGCGUGUGCAUGCUCCUGGGCAGCCUCCAGUCCUUCGCGGUGAUGCAGCUCUUCAGCCCCAUGCAGGAGGCCCUGACACGGGCGGGGCUCUACUGGACCUACGGCGCUGUGGCUGCCCUUGGUGUUCCCUUCUGCCUCAUCUUCCUCACAGAGACUGCCAGGAGUACGGUCGGUUGA